AUGCCCACCUCACUUUACGAUCUCAUUAUUCCCACCUUUGAGCAAGGUCUCCAGACCUUCGAUCACGUUCUUAGCCAAGCCGAGAAAUAUGCCAAAGACCAAGGCCUCAAUGCCGACGACGUUUUCCCCCAAGCUAGACUCGUCGACGACCAGCUUCCUCUCACGUUCCAAGUUCAGAACGCCACCAAGAUUGUCCAAGUAACCAUCGGUCGCUUGACGGGCGUUGAGCCUACACCUUUCGAGGACAACGAGAAGACUAUUGCAGACUUGCACGCUCGGAUUCAGAAGACUCUCGAGCUUAUCAAAAGUAUCAAGCCUGAGGAUGUGAAUGCCCGAGAGGACACAAAGAUUGAGCUAGCUCGUGCCACCGAGACCCUUCAUUUUACUGUUAAGGAGGCUGCACUUAAGCAUGGACAGCCAAACUUCUUCUUUCAUCUUGUGACUGGAUACUCCAUCCUGCGAGCCAAGGGUGUCCCGGUUGGCAAGAAUGACUUCCUUGCCAACUUUCUGAAACAGUAG